UCUCGGCUGGACUGAUUGGGUUUAGUCGGCGGUGGAUGGAAGGUCGUAAACGUUAAGACUGGUGAUGUUUCCACUGCACUUGAGGCUUUGUAAGCAGAUGGAGGAGGUUGAAGUGAUGUAAAAUGUAGGAUGUCUGGAGGCGACCUCAGCCUGUUAGUGGAGAAUGUGACUCUAGCAGAGGAGGGGAGAGAACAUUCCCCUUCUCUCUGGUACAGCCACGUGAGCAUGAUCUAAGAUCUUAAUAUAAUUGUAAAACCAACCCACCUGAAGAUCGUGAGACGCACAUACGUUGUUUGCUGUUUGCUAUAUUUCAAUAUCCUGUUUGUGGCUCCUUUGAAAUGCUACGAAUAGAAGAGGGAGGAGUGGGGGGAGAGGGGGGGAUAAAGGUGCGCCGUGCGCGCUGAAUGAUUACACCCCACUGAGUGUGUGGAAAGGCUUCAUCUGUUAUUCAUGAAGUUUUAAACAGCAGCUACAACUAUCAAUCAAUCCUUUCGCCGUUUGUGCCACUUCUGCGUCACUGAGUGCGCACGGCGUCCUGCCUGAUGCUGAUGCUGAUGCUGCUGCUGCGAGAGAGGAGAGAGAGAGGCUGUGCGCUCACAUCCACAGACAUUCAACAGGCGAUGCUGAAUUGUUGCGACCUGUUGGUUUUCUCUCGGGUAUUUAAUGAUAAGAGCGACCAAGAAGCGGCUGUGAACAGGUGUGAACACAGGUGAACGCCUUUUACACGGUCGUUAUGCCUUUUUACGCACACCCUGUGCCACUUCUGUAGUGUUGGACUUCACAGUGAUCGUACAGAAUUUUCUUUCCCACUGCACAGUAAGGACAGGAGGAUGGCGACUCCACAUAACGGAUCCAACAUCACAUCCAACUAUACCAGCAAGUUUGUCCAACCGCCGUGGCGCAUCGCCCUGUGGUCCGUCGCCUACAGCGCAGUUCUGGCUGUAGCCGUGUUUGGAAACGUCAUCGUCAUAUGGAUCAUUUUGGCUCACAAAAGGAUGAGGACUGUGACCAACUACUUCUUAUUGAACCUGGCGUUUUCGGACGCGUCCAUGGCCGCGUUCAACACUUUGAUAAACUUUAUCUACGCCGCCCACGGAGAGUGGUACUUUGGGGAGGCUUACUGCAAAUUCCACAACUUCUUCCCGGUCACGUCCGUGUUCGCCAGCAUCUACUCCAUGAGUGCGAUAGCGGUGGACAGGUACAUGGCCAUCAUCCACCCUCUGAAGCCUCGUCUGUCAGCCAAAGCCACCACAGGAGUUAUCGUUUGUAUCUGGAGUUUGGCUGUGGUUCUGGCCUUUCCUCUCUGCUACUUCUCUACCAUUCAAACUCUGCCUGGACCUCGCAACAGAACCCUCUGCUACGUGGCCUGGCCUCACAAGGCCAGUGACGCAUUCAUGUAUCACAUCAUAGUGACAGUUCUGGUCUACGCGCUGCCUUUAGUGGUGAUGGGCAUCACUUACACUAUAGUGGGGCUGACGCUGUGGGGAGGGGAGAUCCCCGGAGACUCAUGUGAUAACUAUCACGGCCAGCUCCAGGCUAAGAGGAAGGUGGUGAAGAUGAUGAUAAUUGUGGUGGUGACCUUUGCCCUGUGUUGGUUGCCUUAUCACAUCUACUUCAUUGUGACGGGUCUCAACAAGCAGCUGAACAGGUGGAAGUACAUCCAGCAGAUUUACCUGUCAGUGAUGUGGCUGGCAAUGAGCUCCACCAUGUACAACCCCAUCAUCUACUGCUGCCUCAACAGCAGGUUUCGCGCUGGCUUCAAGCGAGCUUUUCGUUGGUGCCCAUUCAUCAAGGUGUCAAGCUACGAUGAGCUGGAACUGCGCUCUACGCGGCUGCACCCCACACGCCAGAGCAGCAUGUACACACUCUCACGGAUGGAUACCACCAUGGUGGUUGUUUACGACCCCUCUGAGAAUGAUGGUCCAGGUGGGGGCUCCAGCAGGAAGCAUUCUCUUUCAUCGAAGAAAAGGAGUUACACCACCACACGUCACGCCGGGGUCGCCAGGUGCAGCAGUGCCAGUGUGAACACACAAAAUGGAGAAGCAGCCAAUCCUCAGCCUGAGCAGUUCUCCUGAAAAGUCCACACCAACCUGUGUAGAAAAAUAUCACAUUUAACACCGUGAAGUAGAUUUCUCUCAUGAAUUUCAAGUUUUACUGAACGUCCACACUUACAGCUGGAUGAGACGAUUAUUGAUUUUGGUGUAAUGAAGAAUAUUGAUUUUUUUUUAAGAUAUGUUGUGGCCAGGAUUACAGAACAGUCUCCGUGGACACAGUCCCAAAGGCUCAAUAUGCCACAGACCGUCUGUAUAAUGAAACACUCCUCAGUGCUGAUCUUGAUCCCUGAGCUGCAGUGAUCUCAUUUGUUUUGACUGAUCAUUAAUGACAUGGUCAAGUUGCUCAUAUGUAUUUUACCCAAUUAAUUUUCCCGCGACAAUGUAUCGAAACUUCU